AUAACCCCACUGCAGGCUGGACUCCAAACCACAACCUGCCGAAUUACUUGUAGAAAAAAUGCCCCAGACCGCGAUGUCAAGGCACUUCGCAGACAAAGUUCAAGAGAUAACGAAUCAUUUUGUUUGUCAGGUAGCUUUUUUGACAAUUUAAUCUGAUGGAUUAAUUGAUAGUCAAGUAAAUCGCAGAACAUUGGAUACAAUACAAUUAGAAUCAUUCACCGACGAUUGCAUUAUGUGGCAACCUUGCGCGUACUACUGGUGCUUGGAGAACGAAUAAACACAGGAGAGGACAGGAAUUCAUGAAGGCCACCGAUCUACAAUGCAGAUCAGCCAAACUGCCAUCUUGCUGUUGUCAGUAACGUCAUUCACCUCAUGGAGCGCCCUCUACGGCAUCCUUUGCCUGGCGUUUACUCACAAGUCCUACGAGUGGAGUUACCGGGUUGUGGUGACGGUCCACUGUCUGGCUAUGCUCGUUAUGAGCGCAGCUUGCGAAUUGUUCAACGAAACCUGGCGAUUUAGCAUUCCAGGACAGCCGUCUACGAACGACGAGAUUUUCACGUUGGCAAUAUGCCAAGGUUAUUUCAUCUUUGACCUCAUCCACAGUAUAUACCAAGGCAAGGCCAAGGUGAUGUGGGCCCACCAUGCAAUCGCAGCCGUGGGAGCCCGCGUGACAUUGACGUCCGGCAUUUGUGGCGCCGAAGUCACCUUAUGUCUGUUCCUGGCCGAACUGACCAACCCAAUGCUGAUGGCGCACUGGUUCCUACGCGAUGCCGGCAUGGCAGAUCACAUCCUCUACGAGGUGAAUCAGCUCUUGUUCUUGGCGUCCUACAUUGUAAUACGCAUGGGGCUUGGGUCGUAUCUACUGUACCUCUACAUCAUGAACCCUCUGUCCUAUGUACUCCUCAAGAUCGGCGGGAUAAUAAUGUGGCUAGUUAACGUAGUUUUUAUGGGGGAGAUUUUAAAGAAGGCUUACAAGAAUUUCAUAGUGAAGAAACGGAUAUGAGAAACGUGUGCGAGUGAAACCAUCAUUAAGGGCUGGCUAUUUAUUCCCGUGGUUUAAACGAUAUACUUUGAGUAAGGCCAAAAAAAAGUCUCCGGUUUCUGGUAUGCGCGCGC